GACAGAGCAGGGGAGACAGAGGAGCACGAGACAGCAUGAGGGAAGGAGCAAACAGAAGGUAACCAUGGGAAACAGUGAUAGUAACUUUACCUGUGAGGGGGCGGAGCUUCAGUCUACAAACACCUGGUGGGGGCGUGGUCACAGGACAAGUGGGCGGAAAUACAGGAAACCUAAUCAACCCAUCAGGAGCCAGAGUCGAACAACAAAACAAGAGCAAAAUGUGGAUUUAAGCUCGGAUUUUGGGCAAAUUUUUACCAAUGUUUUUGAGAAUUCAUGGAGUAAUUCUCAUAGCACUUUUGAUCAUAAUUGUGGAAUUUCAAGCAUCAAAAAUGGGAGUUUAAGUUCAGAAGAAAAUUUGGAAAAAUGUGAAAUCAAUUUGAGCAAUAGUUCGUGUCAGGAUAGCGGAUUUGGGGAGUCCUUCCAAGUCCCGAGUCUAGUCUGGUCCCAAAGUCCAGGAUCAUCCCCCGACCUUGUUUUGGAUCAGGAUCUGAAAGACCUCAUGAGGACCGGAGGAGAGGCCGAGAAGAGAGAUGUGUUCAGAACCCGGAUCAGGAAGUGGAGCGACUGGACAGGAACUCUGAGGAUUAAAAAGAGGCGGGUACAGGACCCAGACUUCAGUAGUAUCUGGUCCUUUAACCCUCUUCAGAACCAGGACCAAGCUAAGUCCGAUCUAGACCAGCACCUCAGCCUCUAUCAGAACUUCAAACAGGAUCUAGCGGCCAAGUCCACUUUUGGAUCCACCCAGACCUCCUCAGACCUGGACUCGGUGGACCAAGUCGACCAGGGUCUCAGGUCUGAACCAGGACUAAACCCGGACCAGGGUGUAGAUCAAGGAAUGGUCCGAAGAGCGGGCUGGAUUUGGAUCAAACCUCUGAUCAAACUGAACAAAGAGCAACUUGAACUGGUGCCAAGGAGAAAGUGGAAGAAAUACUGGGUCAAGCUAAGAGGUUGCUGGCUGCAGUUCUUUAAGUCCCCUAGUCUGGACCAGGAUCCAGAUCAGGAUCCAGACCAGGACUUGGACCAGGAUGUGGGCCCUCAGACGGAGCUUCUGGGUCCUGUGAUGGAGCUGCAUGUGUGGGACAGUCUGGUGCAGCCUGUGCCUGAACAUCCAACCAAAGAGCACGUCUUCUGUCUGAGUAAUGCCAUCGGACAGGUCUAUCUGCUACAGGCCUGUUCUCAGUCGGACCUGGAGGCCUGGAUCACCUCCAUCCACUCGGUUGCCGCUGCAACAGCCUCCAGAUGCAGUGGCCACCACGACGACACGCUGGACUUCCUGCGAGAGCGCGUCCACUUCCUGUCACAGAAGAUGGAGGCGGAGCAAAGGGUGAAGAAGAUGGCUGCUCUCCAACUCAGCCUCAUCACAGAGACAGACACGCGGCGUAGCAUUCAGGCACAGAUCUGCCAGUGGGAGCAGAGUGCAGAGAGUCUCAGUUUGGACCUGUUCCGGUUUAAGUCGUACCUCUCCAGUCUCCAGGGUCUUGAACUGCCCAAUCCCAAGAACCCUCUGUCUGUGGCCUCACGCGCCUCCAAGUGCAUGCUGGGAAAACUCGGGCUGUUCAAUGUGUCCACACUGCACGCUCUGGUUUGCAGCAGAGACCAGGCCACGCUGAGAUGCCACAGUGGUCAAACCAGAGAGAGACGGGCUCUGAUUGGACGGAGCUCUAGGAGGAGGCGGAGCUUUAGGUCUUCCUUGAAAACUACACAAAACCAAAAGAAUGAAGAUCAGGCAAUUAUAACUCCUCAGGUACAAGAAGAAAAACAAGAGGAGUUGACCUUACAGCUCAGUCGGACCAGUUCUCAUCUUGACUAUGGCUUCGCUGUGAUUGGACAGGUCGAUGCGGAGGGACGGAGCCACAUCUACAUCAGUCAAAUGGAUCCAAAUGGACUUUCAGCCAAUCAAGGCCUGUGUGUAGGAGACCAGGUGCUCUCUGUGAAUGGGGCGUGUGUCUCUCGUUUGGACUUGGACCUGAUCCCGAGUGUCUUCAGCCACAGGACUCUGCUGCUGUCGCUACAGAGACAUCACACAUCACCUGACCUCCUGCCAGACAAUCAGGAGGGGGCUAGCCAGUCACAUGACUUUAGGGACACAAAUUCUUGUGCUCCACAUUCAGACGAUCCUCUGACAGUGAGCUCUGAGCAGAGCUCGGACAGAAUCAGCUCCUCGUACCAGAUUUUCCCAGAAUGCCGAACAGCGGACCCAAACAUCCCCAAAAACCCAUAUGACACUAAAGAGGCGGAGCUUCACACACCUAGCCCCUCCCACACAAGUUACAGCUCCUCCUACGCCAACUUUAGUUCCUCCCACCUGAGCGUGUGUCAGCGAAUCAGGAAAGUUGUAGAGGAGCUGCUGGAGACCGAGAAAUCUUAUGUCAAGGAUCUGUCUCUGUUGUUUGAGUUGUACCUGACGCCGCUGCAGCACCAGAGCUUCCUCUCCAAACACGAGAUGGAGGCGCUGUUCGGCAGUUUACCAGCCAUGUUGGACUUUCAGAGAGUCUUCCUCCAAACACUCGAAGAAAAGAUCCAAAGUCCAGAAUUGAAUCGACUAGAGACCCCAGAAGAGGUCAAGACGUUGCUGUUCUCGUUGGGGGGUUCGUUCCUGUAUUACGCUGAUCACUUUAAACUCUAUAGUGGCUUCUGCUCCAACCACCUCAAAGUCCAGAAGGUCUUGCACAGAGCAAAGACAGAUGCAGACUUUAAGCACUUCCUGGAUACAAGGAAUCCGACCAAUCAGCACUCAGCGUCUUUGGAGUCCUUCUUGAUUAAACCGGUGCAGAGGGUCCUGAAGUAUCCUCUGCUUCUGAGAGAGCUGGUUUCACUGACAGAAGAGAAGACGCCCGAACGCAUACACCUCACAGCGGCUCUGAGGUCGAUGGAGACCGUGGCCUCUCACAUAAAUGAGAUGCAGAAGAUUUAUGAAGAGUUUGGAUCUGUGUUUGAGAGGCUGAGUUCAGAGGACAGCGCCCCCUCUGGACAGGUGACAGAGCUGUCCAUGGGAGACUUCCUGCUUCACUCCUCAGCGCUCUGGAUAAAUUCUUUUCCGACUUUAGGAAGAAUGAGGAAAGAGCCACAGCUCACUCUGUUGUUUUUCAAACAGGCCGUGAUCCUGGUUUACAAAGAACCCAAAGUCAAGAAGCGACUGGUGUCUCGCUCAGACGUCGACCCCUUCAGGUUCAGAUGGUUAAUCCCAGCGUCGGCCGCUCACAUCAGAAACCAUGACAUCACCGAUACAGAGUUUGAGUUGGUUCACUUGCGCUCAGAGUCUGAGGGGCGUCCAGAGACAGUGUUCCAGCUCAGCUCCAGUGAUGUUGAGUCUAAGUCGUUGAUUCUGGAGACUCUUUGCUCCGUCCUCAAAGACCCUCCUCCACCUCAGAGCUCAGCCCGGCCAUCUUUAAACAACCACAUCAUCUUCACUCACAACAACCAUCUCCAUGACAACCACGUCUGCCAACACCGCGACAGAGACGAGGACAAAACCGACCAAUUAGAGGCCCAGCUGCAGAGGCUUCACUUCAGCGAUCAAUCAGAAUGCAAGGAGGAGGUGAUCGGGCGGGGCUUAAAGCAGUGGAGGCGGAGUUUAGUGGAGCUGGGUGGUUUAUUGGACAGAGACUACAGCGUCCAGAGUCUAACAUCGAUCAUCAAUGAAGACUGUUUUUAUAACUCUAUAAGAAGAAGAAAGGCUAGACCGGGCUUAGACCUGGUUUAGUUCUGGAUUAGACCUGGUUUAGUCCUGGUUUAUUGUACAGAGCAUCUAGAGUCUAACAUUGAUCAUCAACGUCCUGGUUAAAUCAUGAUAAAGCUCUAAUUUAGAAUUUAUAUGGGCCUGGUUUAGUAUUGGGAUAGACCUUUUUAAAUACUGGGUCAUCCUGCUUUGGUUCUCAAUUGGUUCUCACGGUUUUCCCUUAGAAUGACCUGGUCUAGUGCUGAUUCAGAUCUGGUUUAGACCUGGAUUAGACCUGGCCUUGGUUUAGUCUUGAAUUCUGGUCCUUUUAAGACUUGCUUUCAAUUCCAUUUAUUUAGGUCUAAUUUGACCUGGAUUAGACCUGGUUUAGACCUGGUUUAGUCCUGGUUUAGUCCUGGUGUAGUCCUGGUUUAGAUCUGGUUUAGACCUUGUUUAUUCCUGGUUUAGAUCUGGUUUAGUCCUGGUUUAGAUCUGGUUUAGACCUUGUUUAGACUUGUUUUAGUCCUAGUUUAGAACUGGUUUAGACCUGGUUUAGUCCUGUCUUAGAACUGGUUUAGACCUGCUUUAGGCCUGGAUUAGGCGUGGUUUAGACCUGGUUUAUACCUGGUUUAGGCUUGGUGUAGACCUGGUUUAGGCCUGGUUUAGGCCUGGUUUAGGCCUGGUUUAGGCCUGGUUUAGGCCUGGAUUAGACCUGGUUUAGACCUGGUUUAGGCCUGGUUUAGGACUGGUUUAGGCAUGGUUUAGGCCUGGUUUAGGACUGGUUUAGACCUGGUUUAGCCUCGGUCCAUUCUGAUGUUAGACCUGGCUCAGUUCUGAUAUAGUCCUAAUCUUGUAAGUGGACUUUAAAGUAGCACUAUGUAGCUUAAAUCCUGGUUUGGGUCCGGUUUGGUCCUAAUCCAGAAAUGAUUUAAAAGAUCCAGUUUCAAGCUCAAAACGUGAAAACGACAGAAAGAUGUCUUCUUUCUGGAUAUGAUUUUCUUACAAAAUAUUUAAAUCUAUUUAUAAAUUCCAUUCCAAAAGUAUUUAUCAGUAUUUACACACGUUUUAUACCAGUCUGUAGUUUUUUAGUUUGAAUAUUUUGUACAGAUUUGGACAAAGUGUCGAUGAAUGCUGCCUUUACUGUAUUUAUGUUUUCUAUUUAAAUGUUUCUUACGUUUUGAGAUAUUUAUUUUUCCUAUAGCACCAUACUGUAUUUGCAUAUUUAAAUUAUGUUAAUGAUAAUACAUUGCUUGUUUUUGUAU